GGACGUAGCGUUCGGGCCAGUUCGUUCUGAGAUUUCACAGUGAAAGGACGUCAAGUUAGAGACAAAGGCAAAAGACAAAAGACGAAUCGACCAAAAUCGAAAUUCCUCGCUAAAAUCAUUCGUGCGUAGUGAAAAUAUUGCGAGGAACAAAUUGAAAUUGAAUUACAUUUUUAAACAGAUUUUUACGUAAAUUUUGUAAAGAGGAUUAAACGGCAGUAAUAAAUAAAAAAAAAAAAAUAAGACAAAAGAUAGUGUAAGAGAUUUGGAAGAGAAGAGUACCGCAAUGAGCUUGACAAUCAAGAUGAUUUUACUUUGUAUGUGUAUACACGCAAUCGUGUGUAACGCACAAUCAUCGACAAAUGAGAAAGAACAAUUUGGAAGAUCUCGUGUUUCCGAAGACCAACUAAACAUGGCUUUGAACGACCAACGUUAUUUGAGAAGACAACUGAAGUGUGCUUUGGGCGAGGCGGCUUGCGAUCCUGUUGGAAGACGUUUGAAAAGUUUGGCACCAUUGGUUUUGAGAGGUUCCUGUCCACAAUGUACCCCAGAGGAAACGCGUCAAAUCAAGAAGGUCUUUUCUCACAUUCAAAGAUCCUUCCCGAAGGAAUGGUCAAAGGUUGUACAGCAAUACGCUGGUGUUUCGUAGUCCUGCGAAAUGAUAUAUAAGAUGAGAAUAACUCGCUCUUGAUUCGCUCGAAAAUUGAGUCUUUUUAUUAAUUUUAAUAAAUGUCUAAUUGAUUUUUCCCUUU